CAAUAGCAAGACAGACAUUUUUACUUCCUCUUAACUUGUAACAAAUGGGAAACCGGUUACAUCCACUUCUUUAUGGAUUGUUUAUAUGUCGAAAUGCUUUCUAGUUACAGAGUCUGUUUAUGGUCUAGCUAGCUCUUUUUUAAUUAUUUUUGUAGAACUGACUAGCUGCUUGCUAGUUAGCAGUAGUAAAAUGAGUAACACUAGUUGGAUGUACAGAGGUUUUGGUGCGAAUUUGAGUGUUUAUUUUAAUCUUUAACAUUUUGGAAAAUGCUGACUAGCGUUAUUUUUGUUUAGCAAAGCUAACUAGCGUGCUAGAUAACAGGGAUAACUCGUUCAGCUGAAUAAACAAAUUCUUUCGAAACAUUCAAGCUCUUGUUUCCUACAAAUGUUUAUUUGAUUCUGGAAAUAAGCAGCUGAAAUAGACUAAAAUAAGAAAGAUGGCUGUACUGCAUUUUUUCUUUUUUUGUGGUCUGCUAUCUCUGGCCACCUGCGUGCCACCUAUCUGGUCCCAGCCUGAGCAGGUGCACAUUUCCUACCCAGGUAUAGAAGGUUCAAUGGUGAUCACGUGGACAACCUUUGACUACACAGAGAGCGUAGUGGAAUACGGACUCUGGGGUGGGGAGCUCUUCAGUUAUACUGCUAAGGGGAACUCCACUUUGUUUAUUGAUGGAGGCCUAGAGAAGCGUAAAAUGUAUGUUCACAAAGUCACAUUACCAGGACUCAGACCUGGGGCUAAAUAUGUCUACCACUGCGGUAGUGAGGAGGGUUGGAGUGAUAUUCUCUUCUUUACUGCUCUGAAUGGUAGCACAAGUUUUAGCCCUAGAUUUGCUCUGUUUGGUGACAUGGGCAAUGAAAACCCUCAGUCACUUGCCAGACUUCAGAAAGAAACACAGGCUGGGAUGUAUGAUGUCAUCCUGCACAUUGGAGACUUUGCAUAUGAUAUGCAUGAGGACAAUGGCAGGAUAGGGGAUGAGUUUAUGAGACAAAUUGAGUCCAUUGCUGCUUAUGUGCCGUAUAUGACCUGUCCUGGUAAUCACGAGUGGGCCUACAAUUUCUCACACUACAAGGGCCGCUUUAGUAUGCCAGGGGAAACUGAGAGCCUGUGGUACAGCUGGAACAUUGGGAAAGCACACAUCAUCUCAUUCUCCACUGAGGUCUACUUCUACCUUGAAUAUGGUUUAGAUCUUCUCUUUAAACAGUAUAAAUGGCUACAGAAUGACCUGAAGGAAGCCAACAAACCAGAAAACAGGGCUGUAAGACCCUGGAUAAUCACUAUGGCACACAGACCCAUGUACUGCUCCAAUGAUGAUCAAGAUGACUGCACCAAGUUUGAAAGCUAUGUACGCCGUGGACGCAAUGACACAAAGCCACCAGCCCCUGGCCUGGAGGAUUUAUUCUUUCAGCAUGGAGUGGAUCUAGAGCUUUGGGCACAUGAACAUACCUACGAGAGACUAUGGCCUGUGUAUAAUUACAAGGUAUUUAAUGGAAGUGUUGAUAAGCCAUACAUGAACCCUAAAGCACCUGUGCAUAUUAUUACUGGCUCAGCUGGGUGUCGAGAAAAACAUGAUGGCUUUAUACCCAAGCCUCGAGAUUGGAGUGCCUUCAGAAGCACUGAUUAUGGCUACACACGAAUGCACCUCAUCAACUCCACACAUAUCUACCUGGAACAGGUCUCUGAUGACCAGUCUGGAAAAAUUAUAGACAGCUUCACACUGAUAAAGGAAGUUCAUGGGCCUGAGGCUUGGCUGUGAAGACUCCAUUGACUCUAUGAAAGAAGUAUCACAGCCUGGUUUAAGAGCACCUGCAGGACAGGCAAGCUCUCCAUAGGAUGGUGUGAUCAGCCAAGCAUACCAUCUGCACUGACCUCCCUGACCUGCAGUCAAUCUCCAGCAAGCAAUGCUAGACCACAAUGAAGGACCUCAUUGAUCUGAACAAUGAACUUCUCUCUGUUGCAGUCAGGGAAUUGCUUUUUCUCCCUGAAGGCAAAAACAGAGAGAAUGAGGAGUAGCUUCUUCCCACAGGCCAUUCAGGGUCUCUACUUGGACAAUAAAUUGGACCAGAGGUUGGACCUUUCUGGACUUUUCUACACAAACUGAAUGCCUGCACUUUAUUCAAAAUAGUUGUUCUGCCACCCAUCAAUAUUUAUAUAUAGUAAAUAAUUUUCUAUAUAUUAUGAUUGCAUAGAUCAUUUUUAUUGUAACUUGAAUAUUUUUUAUUCCUUCAUUUUAUUUCACUACAUAUCUUAUUGUGUA